AUGAUUCAGGGUACACCUGUAAAUAUAAUUGUUGGAUCCCAUGUGUGGGCCGAGGAUCCUGAACUCGCCUGGAUUGAAGGUGAAGUAGCAGAAAUUAAAGGAUCAGAUGCAGUCAUACUCACCACAACCGGAAAAACCAUAGUUGCAGCUAUUUCAAGCAUAUACCCCAAAGACACGGAGGCACCCCCAGCAGGGGUAGAUGAUAUGACCAAGUUAGCUUACCUCCAUGAGCCUGGAGUCUUAUAUAACCUCGCGUCUAGGUUUGCCAUCAAUGAGAUUUAUGCACUUGAAGACUCUCUUUGCAAGCGUGUGAUUGUGACGCCCGAUGGAAGCAUCACAAAACCACUCGACCCAGCUGCAGCUGUCACGAGCCGAGAUGCUUUUGCAAAGACAAUAUAUUCUAGAUUAUUUGACUGGAUUGUUGACAAGAUAAACAUUUCGAUUGGUCAAGAUCCCAAUGCAAAAAACAUAAUUGGAGUCCUUGAUAUAUAUGGGUUCGAGAGCUUCAAAAUCAACAGUUUUGAGCAGCUAUGUAUCAACCUGACAAAUGAGAAGUUGCAACAGCAUUUCAAUCAGCAUGUAUUCAAGAUGGAACAGGAAGAGUACACGAAAGAGGAAAUUAACUGGAGUUAUGUCGAAUUCGUAGACAACCAAGAUGUACUAGAUCUCAUUGAAAAGAAACCUGGAGGAAUAAUUGCUCUCCUUGAUGAAGCCUGCAUGUUUCCCAAAUCAACACAUGAGACCUUCGCGCAAAAAAUGUACCAGACUUAUAAAGCACACAAGCGCUUUAGCAAGCCGAAACUUGCCCGCACUGAUUUCACAAUAAAUCACUAUGCUGGUGAUGUUACUUACCAAGCUGAUCACUUUCUGGACAAGAACAAGGACUAUGUGGUUGCAGAACAUCAAGCUCUUUUGACAGAGUCCAAGUGCUCGUUCGUUUCAAAUCUCUUCCCUCAACUGGCAGAGGAGGCAUCAAAGCAGUCCAAGUUUUCUUCCAUUGGUGCUCGUUUCAAGCAACAACUGCAAUCUUUAAUGGAAACCUUGAGCACGACGGAGCCACAUUAUAUUCGAUGUGUGAAGCCUAAUACAGUUCUGAAGCCUGGAAUCUUCGAAAACUUCAAUGUCUUAAACCAGUUGCGAUGUGGAGGUGUCCUGGAGGCUAUAAGGAUAAGUUGUGCCGGAUAUCCAACCAAAAGAACAUUUGAUGAGUUCAUAGACCGGUUUGGGAUGCUAGUUUCAGAUGUUGUGGAUGGGUCGGAUGAGAAAUCAGCGUGUAUUGCAAUAUGCGACAGGAUGGGAUUAAAAGGUUAUCAGAUUGGGAAAAGCAAGGUAUUUCUCAGAGCAGGACAGAUGGCAGAAUUAGACGCUAGAAGAGCUGAAGUUCUGGCUCAUGCUGCAAAGCGUAUUCAGAGACAAAUUCGAACUCACCUUACGAGAAAAGAGUUUAUUAUCCUGCGCAAGGCCACCAUUAAUAUCCAGAAACUUUGGAGAGCAAGACUCGCGCGUAACCUAUAUGAACACAUGAGGAGAGAAGCUGCUUCGGUAAGGAUACAGAAACAUGCACGUGCUCAUGCAGCAAGAAGAUCUUACAGCAAACUACAAGGGGCAGCAACAGUGAUACAAACCGGGCUACGAGCAAUGGCUGCACGAAAUGAGUUCAGAAGAAGAAGACAAAACAAAGCAGCAGCAAUCAUUCAGACACAAUGGAGAAGUUUCCAUGCUCUUUCUUUGUACAAUCAACUGAAAAAGUCAACUGUUACACUUCAAUGUCUAUGGCGAGCCAGGAUAGCGAGACGGGAGCUUCGGAAGUUGAAGAUGGCGGCAAGAGAAACAGGAGCACUCAAGGAAGCAAAGGACAAGCUUGAGAAGCGUGUAGAGGAGCUCACGUGGAGAUUGGACAUUGAGAAACACUUACGAAUGGAUAUUGAAGAAGCAAAGGGGCAAGAAAUUGCAAAAUUGCAGAAUGCUAUACAGAAUAUGCAAACGCAACUCCAAGAAGCACAGGCUGCAAUUAUUUCUGAAAGGGAAGCUGCCAAAAUAGCUAUUGAACAAGCCCCACCAGUCAUCAAGGAAGUACCAGUUGUUGACAACACAAAGGUGGAGCAACUGACAAAUCAAAACCACGAAUUUGAGGAAGUGAUAGUCAAAUUAAAGAAGCGGGUGGAGGAAUUUGAGAACAGCUUUUUGAAGAUGGAAACAGAUAGUCAAGCCAGACUAAGAGAAGCUGCGGAAGCCCAGAAGAGAGCCGCAGAACUACAAGACACAAUAGAAAGAUUGGAAAUCAAUGUUUCUAAUCUUGAGUCAGAGAAUCAGGUUCUGCGCCAGCAGGCAUUGGCAGCAUCUGCUAAAGAGGACUCCGCUGAGGAAACGGAAUACUUGAGGGGGAAAAUCAGAGAUUUGGAGUCUGAGAACAAUUUCCUACGCAGUCAAAAGGUUGUCGUGGAGCAAAUAGCGAGUUCUGAUGGUCAAAUUUGCCAACCAGUAAAGGACUUAAAUAAUGAACAUCAAAACCAUAAUUGUUUUCAAAUGAUGGAACAGCAUCCAGACUCAGAAGCUACGCCACCUAUCCUCACUAAACAAAGAUCGUUGACAGAUAGGCAGCAGGAAAACCAUGAUGCACUAAUCAAAUGCCUUCUUCAAGACAACCGCUUUGAUAAGAACAGGCCUGUUGCUGCUUGUAUUGUGUACAAAGCACUAGUCCAGUGGAGAUCCUUCGAAGCAGACAAGACUAAUAUAUUUGAUAGGAUCAUUCACGCUAUCCAAUCAUCAAUAGAGGAGAACCAGGACAACACCAGAAACCUGGCCUACUGGCUGUCGACAACUUCGACCCUUUUGUUCCUUUUGCAAAGAACAAUCAAAGCAAGCAGCACAUCAUCAGUUGCAUCAAGACGUAACCGAAGUUCACCAAUGUCUCUGUUUGGUAGAAUGGCACAGGUUAGAUCAUCUUCUCUGAUCACGGGAUUAUCUAGCGGUUACAGCGGAAUGGAGGGAAAUCCGAUCUCAAAAUCAAGGAUUGAAGCUAAAUACCCAGCUUUAUUGUUUAAGCAACAUCUAACUGCCUGUGUUGAGAAAAUAUACGGGAUGAUCCGUGAUGGGUUGAAGAAAGAGAUCAACCCAUUUCUCACCCUCUGCAUACAAGCAGCUAGAACUGCAAGGAUCAGACCAGUAAAAGGGCCAUCCAAAAGCAUCCAUUCUCAUACGAUAACAAGACAAGCGGGCUCUAGUAUACACUGGCAGAACAUAGUUGACAGCCUGAAUCAGACCAUGAGAAUACUGGCUGAAAACUAUGUUCCUCCUACCAUCACGAGGAAAAUUUUCAGGCAGGUUUUCUCAUUCAUUAAUGUCCAGCUUUUUAAUAGCUUAUUGCUACGCCGUGAGUGCUGCUCAUUUAGCAAUGGUGAAUAUGUAAAGGCUGGUUUACAAGAACUAGAACAUUGGUGUACAAAAGCAACAGAUGAGUAUGCUGGAUCCUCGUGGGAGGACCUUCAACACAUAAGGCAAGCUGUAGCUUUUCUGGUUUUACAUCAGAAAGCCCACAAAUCAUUGGACGAGAUCACGAAUGAAUUCUGCCCAGUACUGAGCAUUGCACAAAUAUAUAGAAUCGGAACCAUGUUUUGGGAUGACAAAUAUGGAACCCAAGGAUUAUCCACAGAGGUGAUUGCAAAGAUGAAAGCACUGACAAUAGAAGACUCAGUUAGCACACCAAACAAUACUUUCUUGCUCGAUGUGAAUUCCAGUAUACCUUUCUCCAUGGAUGAGAUAUCACAAUCUUUUCGCGAUAUUGAUGUAUCCGACGUGGACCCACCGCCCCUCCUUCGCCAAAGCUGUUUGACGAUGUACUAG